UACUGCUCAUGAUCAGUGCCCUAGUCCAAUGUAAAUGCAAAUAGCAUACAUAUUUUCUGAUAUGAUAUAACACCAGGCCUGGAUCUAUUAUCUUGAUUUGGAUAACUUUCUGAUAACACCUAGACUGGUACGUAGUUAGGGAAAAAGUGAUUUGACUGACAAUUUCGUCAUCAUGUGGGGAGUGGCUCUCUAUGGGGUUUUCUUCAUGCUGUGUUGUGGGACGAUUGAAUGCUGCUGGCGUGGAUCACGCAAUGAUCCUCAAAUUGAAUAUAAACCUCAACAACCUCAACAACGUCAACCACCUCCUGAUCCUCCUAAACCUAAUUAUCAGCAUGAAUAUAAACCUAAUUUAGAUGCUCUUGCCGAUGCUUUUGAGGACCAUUUGUUUGGCCAGCCCUUGGCCUACAUGACCGUCCUUGGUGCUAUAGAUGGUCAUGUGACCAAUCCUAAUCCACCAAAGCCAUUGGUUCUAUCCCUACACGGACCAGCUGGAACCGGUAAGAACCACAUCAGUCGUCUCGUGGUUGAAAAUCUUUACACAAACGGAAUGAAAAGCGGAUGUGUAACUGUCAAGAUGUCUACACUGGACUUUCCUCAUCAUGAACACCUUUAUCAAUACAAGGAGGAGCUGGUUCCAUUCAUCAAAACUAAGGUUUCUGAAUGUCAUAAUCAUCUCUUCAUAUUUGAUGAGGUAGAGAACAUGCCCCCUGGCUUACUAGACAGUAUGAGGAGCUUCUUAGAUCACAAUACUAAAGUAGAUGGGGUCGAUUAUAGGAAAGUCAUCGUUAUAUUCAGAAGUAACCUAGCUGCACAAGCCAUCAACAAGCAUUUGAUGGAAUCGUAUGAGAAGGGAAUAGCGAGGGAAGACAUAAUGUCGGUUGAUAUGGAGCGAAUCAUCUCGAACGAAGUCAGUGGUAAAUCUGAUGCUGGUUUUAACAAGGCCCGAAUCAUCGAUUCACAUCUCGUCAGCCAUUUUAUACCCUUCUUCCCACUCGAAUUAUCUCACGUGAGACAGUGCAUCCAAGCUGAGUUCAAGGACCGUGGUGAAGCGUCCAAUUCGAUUUCAGAAGAUGAGGUACUUGCCAAGCUGCAGUUUGACGGGCCGAAUGGGUCAAGGGUGUUUGCUGUGAAGGGUUGCAAGAAUGUUGCGGAGAAAGUGAAUAUAAUUCUCUAUAAAAUAAAGAAUAAAGAUCGCAAGAGGCGUAACAACAUGCGUAGCGAAUUAUAAGAGCAGAUAUUUGUAUAGUAGAUUUAAAUGUGUAUAAUUUCCUCCAGUGGUAACUUUAUUUUGUAGGUGGGCAUGGGAGCCUCUUUCUCGUACAGUCAGAUAUGUUUUAUACUUUGAGCACCUGUAUACAAAUAUGUAAUUUGUUUAUUUAACAAAAACGAAAAUCAGCCUGACAGCUAUGGCAUUUAAUUUUAUACUGGCAGUUUGAUGUUGGUGUCAAACGAUUGUCACAAACACGAAAAGAUUUUUCCUUGAUUGAUUUUGUAUCUGAGUCUAGUAGUAUAUCCCUUUUGCAGCCAACAUUUAAUUCUGUAGAACUUUUCAGAAAUUAUUAAUAUCUCACGUAGAAUCUGUAAAAUGUAAACGUUAGAAGUGUCCUAGUAUUCAAAUUAUGUUAGGAAACCCGUUAACAUUCUAGACUUCACUGACAGACACUAUUUAGUGACUGACUAACUUCUUUUUUUUUCUUUGGUAAUAACAUACAUACAAUAAGCUGUAAAGGGUACAUGAGCAUUUGUCUACACCCAUUACUGACUUCUUGUACUGGCCAAAAUUAAACUGACCGAAUUUUUGGGCAGCACAAAACGUACGACCAAUCGGUACAAGGGUCUGAAAAUCAAACUAUUUAAUUAAAGGACUGCAAUCCCUACAUUCGAUCGACAACUGCCGGUAGUUAUUUUCUCACAAAGAGACAUCUCAAGCCCUUUCGUUUUGAGGGAAGUUCUAAUUCAGUAUUAUCUUUCAAAUGCCGUUCGAAGUUAACCUUUUCAUUUGUUUGGCCUGCAAAUUGGACACAGUACCUUUAAGGGCUAGUUCACUUAUAUAGCCUUGGCCUGGGAUAAGGUCAUAUUAAAAUACAAAACCAACAGUAUGUCAAGAAAUAUUUGUCCAUGGCCUCUUGACUCAGAUGUAUAUCCAGCCUCACGAUCACCUGCAUCAUUGCUAUCAAUAGUGAUUUCUUUCAAGUAGAUUCACUGGCGGUGUUUGUAAGGGGGGACAGGGGACAUGUUCCUUACCCCACCCCACCCCCCUCAACCAAACCAAAUAUGCCGGUCAGACAAUCCUGGAUUUGCCUCUCGUCAUGGCUGAUACACGUACAGGUACCAGGUACGGUUUAGGUCUAGGUCUAGAUAUUACCCAAGGAGGUCCUUCAACAAUUUAUAAUUGUUUAAACGGAGUAGGCCUGCUACAUAAAAAGCAUCAAUCUCAGUAACAGAUGGCUGAACGUUUGGCUACUCCUUACAUUUUGUAGAUCUUCCUUUCCCUUUUUUCUUUCACAUUGUUACCAUCAACUUCCAGAUAUAUAUUUCAUAAUAUGUAGUUUUGACUCAUCCAACGCAUUGGUUAGUCACCUCAAAUAGUCAUUUGAUUAGAUGUGAAGUUUUGCUUCUUAUAUAAUUUCACAAAAAUAUAUAAUUUGCUCUUUCUCCUUGCACUGUUUACGAGGGUAGUGAUAUUGGAUGAGUACAUUUUUGUGUUUGCUGGACUUCAAUUGACUGAUUGACUGAUACUUAACAUAAGAAUCUGAUGCUGAAAAGGUUUAUCAUUUAGUGGUUUUGAAAGUAGAAAUAUCUUGUGUAAAAGACUUUUUGAAUCACAUAAUCUUUUUUUAUUUUUGAAAAUUUAUCACAUUUUGAUUUUCUGUUGUAGUGGUGAAGUUAUUACUUGAGAUAAAGUCUUUCCAAAUAUAUUAAUCAUGUAUACUUAUCCUAUGAAAUGGGAGUAUUGUACAUAUAAUACUGUAGAGAUCAUGUAAAAACGCUUCUGUUUAAUUAUAUAAGCAAAUAUAUAUAUUUAGGCUAUGAAUUGGCUGCGUACGAAGACUUGAUUUGACAAUUUGUUAAUAUAACAUUUUGUUAAAACACAAAAAUAUGUUGUGGAAAACAGAUAUGUUUGUUUAGGUUAUGGAAAUGCUGUGAAUUUUGGCUGAUAAUAAUAUCAUGAAUUUUAAUAUUCCACAUAUCCACAAACCUUGCCUUAUUUUACAUUUGACAGUGCAAUAGUAGAAGUUUCCUUUUAUCUUUUAAAUUGUAGUACAAAUUUAGAAAUGGAAUGAAAGAAAUUUUCAAAAAGAGAAAAAAAUAAAUGGAUAAAUUCACUUGUCAGCUUGGCUUGAAGGCCUGCUGUACAAGUACAGCCAGAAGGGAUUAGACCACCCAGCGAGCCAGCGAGGUCACUGUGACAGGUGGCUAUCUCAUUAACUCAGCUCUAAAUUAACAUGAAAGAAAAAGAGGAUCAUGGGGGACCAACAUGAACCGAUUGGGGAAGAUUUCUAUGUAGAGGGAGCAAGUAGCUACAAGUAGUGCAGUGGGGCUUUAAGCCUUGUUCAACUACCUAAAACAUACUAACAACAAAAAAUAUGACAACUUUAGUCACAAAUCUCUAGACCAUCCACUCAGAUUACAAAGUAUGCGUAACAGCCUUUCUUUGGCACAUUUUUUUUCGUCUAAUCCCUACGUGCCAUUCAUUUUGUUGGUACUGCAGUGGAUUUCCUUAUGUCAUUUAUCAUAUCAUGUGUGAAAAUUAUUUUAUAGUUUGCAUUUAAACGCAAGUAAUUAGUUACUAGUAAAAGGCUGAGUUAUUAAUAAUAAUAAUAAUAAUAUUCCGUGUUUAUAUAGCGC